GGCCGCCGCCCUGUCCCAAGCUCCUUUGCGGGUAAACAGACAUGGCCGGCGAGGGAGAUCCGCAGGACGCUGCGAACAACAUGGGCAAUCACUUGCCGCUCCUGCCCGCAGAGGAUGAGGAAGAAGAUGAAAUUGAAAUGGAAGUUGAAGACCAGGAUAGCCAAGAACCCAGGAAACCAAACAUCAUAAAUUUUGACACUAGUCUUCCGACAUCACAUACAUAUCUGGGCUCUGAUAUGGAGGAAUUUCAUGGCAGGACUUUGCACGAUGACGACAGCUGUCCGGUGAUUCCAGUUCUGCCCCAGGUGAUGAUGAUCCUGAUCCCCGGGCAGACCUUACCUCUUCAGCUUUUCAGUCCCCAAGAAGUCAGUAUGGUGCGGAAUUUAAUUCAGAAGGACAGAACCUUUGCGGUGCUUGCAUACAGUAACGUACAGGAAAGGGAAGCACAGUUUGGAACAACAGCAGAGAUAUACGCAUAUCGAGAAGAACAGGAUUUUGGAAUUGAGAUUGUGAAAGUGAAAGCAAUCGGAAGACAAAGAUUCAAAGUCCUUGAGCUCAGGACACAGUCAGACGGAAUCCAGCAAGCUAAAGUGCAAAUUCUUCCUGAGUGUGUGUUGCCUUCAACCAUGUCUGCAGUUCAGUUAGAAUCCCUCAAUAAGUGCCAGAUAGUUCCUUCAAAACCUGUCUCAUCGGAAGACCAGUGUUCAUUUAAAUGGUGGCAGAAAUACCAGAAGAGAAAGUUUCAUUGUGCAAAUUUGACUUCAUGGCCUCGCUGGCUGUAUUCCUUAUAUGAUGCUGAAACCUUAAUGGAGAGAAUCAAGAGACAGCUACACGAAUGGGAUGAAAAUCUGAAAGAGGAUUCUCUUCCUUCAAAUCCAAUAGAUUUUUCUUACAGAGUAGCUGCUUGUCUUCCUAUUGAUGAUGUAUUAAGAAUUCAGCUCCUUAAAAUUGGUAGUGCGAUCCAACGACUUCGCUGUGAACUAGACAUUAUGAAUAAAUGUACGUCUCUUUGCUGUAAACAAUGUCAAGAAACAGAAAUAACAACCAAAAAUGAAAUAUUCAGUUUAUCCUUAUGUGGGCCGAUGGCAGCUUAUGUGAAUCCUCACGGAUACGUGCAUGAGACGCUUACCGUGUAUAAGGCUUGCAACUUGAAUCUGAUUGGCCGGCCUUCUACAGAGCACAGCUGGUUUCCUGGGUUCGCCUGGACCAUUGCCCAGUGCAGGAUCUGUGCAAGUCAUAUUGGAUGGAAAUUUACAGCAAUCAAAAAAGACAUGUCACCUCAAAAAUUCUGGGGUUUGACUCGAUCUGCUCUGCUGCCCACGAUCCCAGACACUGAAGAGGACAUAAGCCCAGACAAAAUAAUACUCUGCUUAUAAACGAAUACGGUAGGGAUAAGGUUCCUUCCUUAUUAGCAAAAUCGGUAUUCUAACAUCAGGUCUGCUUUGGAGAUUACUACUUUUGAUGCAUACCGAAGUAAAAAGCGACAUUACAUGGAAGGUUGCAGUUUCCUAGUCAAACAACAGUAUUUGAAGAUUUAGACUAAAAUAUACUAUUGAAGAGGAUGAAAAGCAGUCUAGAGUACUUGGUUUCGGGAGUUACCUACUUUAGGAGCUUGGUGCUCGUAUUCUGUAGGACAUGAAGACAUCUGUGAAACAAACUGGUGAGAGUAUUUCCUGCAAAACAUACCUGAAAUUCCUAUAAAUUCUUAUAAUGUGAGGGUUCCUCAUUUGAUCCUGAUCCAUGGAACAGAAUGGCACGUUUGUAUCAGUGCUCCAAACAGCGGAAGUUUCCAGAAGCUAGGGUGCCAAGCACUAGUACUGUUCCUUUUUGAAAGAGGCAAAGCAGUGUAUUAUUUUAAAAGGGCUUUGUUCUUUCUGAUUUUCUUUAAUACUUCCAAAAUUUACAAAUCAGUAUCUCAGAGAAACUAAAGAGUUACGUAAUACACAGUUUGAGCCCCAACAUGUUUGUCUGUUAGUGAAGAGUAUUUGUGUAUUUGCUCAGUGUUUGGUUAUUCUGUUCCAAAGUUUCAUUUGAACCUAAGACUACUGUGGAACACAGAUGCUAAAACAUGUCCCCUUCCUCCAAGUGAGAUGUGCUAAUAAUGUAUUUUAUAGGCUAUUUUGUUCAAUAUAAACUAGAGACUCUGUAAGUAAACUAAGAGCAAAACUAAAUUAAACAUGUUCUUUGUUUAAAUAAUGUAAAAUAUCUACUCAUAAGCAGAUAAUCUAGGUCUAAGAAAUAAUUCUUAAGAUAAAGUUCUAGACAGACUGAUUUGCCACCUACCUCUUUGCUUAUACAUUCAAGGGGUUUAUUGGAUACUUUUACAUUUGCGUAAUUUUGAUGUUCCUUCACUGCUUUACAUAAUUCAUUGGGAAAAGUUCAGCUAAUCGGGUACAAUGGAUGUGGCCAAAAACAGACUGUUAAAUUUCUUAUGUUUGAAUUUGUCAAUAUUUUCUUCUUCCAAACAUGCAGUGGUUUUGAGUGCCUAGCCUGGAAUCCGCAACUGAGUAUCAUGUUGCAUAUUUAUGUAAAGAGAGUAAAUGAAAAGCAACUCGAGAACGCUGUCGUUUUUUAGCAUGUGCUCCUUCCGUAUUCCAUAUGCCUAACCUUUACUUUGUUACGACUAAUAACAACCUUGGGUUUUUUAAUGACUCUA